CUUCAGCAAAGGAGCCCAUGUUGUUUUGGAUAGGACAUAAUUACCACCACCGCCACGGCGUCUUGGCUCACCGCUCUAACGUGUGUUUGUCAGCGUGACUGACUAACCUUUUGAAAUGUGUGUCAGAGUGUCUCUGAGUGUCUCCCAGUCUCUCCUGUCCUUGUUUCUUUUGCCUGAAUGCCUGUAGAUGUUUGUGUCUCGCUGUGUGUUUUUGUUUGUGUUUCCCUCUGUGUUUGUGUGUUGUUGUCUGUGCUCCCUAGUCUGAUCGCGCCUGUGUCUGACAGCCCUUGUCCUGUACUCACGCAGCAUAAGCUGAAGUCUUCGCAGAGGGACAAGGUACGGCAGUUCAUGUCCUUCACACAGGCUGGGGAAAAAACAGCUGUGUACUGCCUCACGCAGAAUGACUGGAAACUAGAAGUCGCUACUGACAACUACUUUCAGAAUCCAGAUCUGUACUGUAAGGAAUCCAUGAAAACAUCAGUAGACCGGAAACGCCUGGAGCAGCUCUACAAUCGCUACAAAGAUCCUCAGGAUGAGAAUAAAAUUGGUAUUGAUGGGAUUCAGCAAUUUUGUGACGACCUCUCACUGGAUCCAGCUAGCAUCACUGUGUUGGUUGUAGCAUGGAAGUUUCGUGCCGCUACUCAGUGUGAGUUCACCAAAAAGGAGUUUCUCGACGGAAUGACAGAACUUGGGUGUGACAGUCCAGAAAAACUGAAGGCCAUCUUGCCAAGAUUAGAGCAGGAACUCAAAGAUAGUGGAAAAUUCAAGGACUUCUACCAGUUCACCUUUAACUUUGCCAAAAAUCCUGGACAGAAGGGUCUUGACUUGGAGAUGGCUGUAGCCUACUGGAACCUGGUCCUGUCAGGACGAUUUAAGUUCCUUGACCUUUGGAAUAGAUUUCUUUUGGAACACCAUAAACGAUCGAUCCCAAAGGACACGUGGAACCUAUUGUUGGAUUUUGGUAAUAUGAUUGCAGACGACAUGUCAAACUAUGAUGAGGAAGGAGCAUGGCCAGUCCUUAUAGAUGAUUUUGUGGAAUUUGCUCGACCGAUUGUAACAGGAUCAAAACGUAAAACUCUCUAAAUCCAGCCCCGCCUCUGGAAAUCCAGAACCUUGUUUCUUUUACAGUGACUUCAUAGUUUUUUUAAGACUUGUACAAAAAAGUGAAAAUUGUAGAUCAAACAGAAGCACUUGAAACUGUCAGGAAACCACCUUUCAGGGAGCUGAGUAAAAACUAUGAGAAGAGCUGGCCACAUGUUUUUGUCCUUGUGAGACCGAGGCGUUCACCUCUGUCCCUGCGGCUGGACUCUUCAGUAUCCUGGACGCCUCCUCUGCUCCGCUUCAGGACAAGCUCUACCCGUCAGGCCCGGUGAGCAGGGAUGGACAUGGCACUGGGAGGAGGUUCACUGACUGUGUGUUCUCUAAAGGGACUGGAGAGGAGGAAACUGUGUGUUUUAGGAUUCUUCCUAGUCAGCUUUGUUUUGUUCAUGAAGCUCUGAGUGACUGUGCAAAGAUCCCAUGUCUUACCCUCAAGUUGGGACAGAGUGCUCACUACACCAGCACCAACACAACUGUUGCAGUUUUUACUGUACAUACUGUAUCUAUUGGGACAGUUUACAAAGACAGCUAUAUGAAGAAUAAUAUAAAUAUGUUUGAUUUAUAAAUGCAACAGAGGAUUCUUUUAUGUACAGUAAAUGCUACGAUCUCUAACAGGAUGCCUCAAUAUUGUGGAUGAUAUGCUGUUGGUUUAAUUAUUUGGUGGAUGUGUCGAGUCAUGGAGUUGUGAGCUUCUCAUUGAAAGCAUGUUAAAGACAUUUUACGUCAUGUCGGGCUGGUUUCACAAAUACAUGUUCACUAAAGUAAAGGCAGUGCUUUAACUCAGAUCAUUGAUGUUGGUUUAUGGAAUUCAUACGUCCAGUCGAUCUCAAUUCGGAGAGGGUCUUAAAUCUUCAAGUUUUCAGUCCUGUUCACACAAACACCACUUUGCUUUCCCUCUGUUAAAGAAAGAGUUUUACUUUAAAAGAGGUGAUCCUUCCUAGAGAUGCUAAAUUGAUGUUUUAGCAGCAUACAAGUAAAGAAAUGACAGACCAUUAGGAUUGCAUGGCACAUAUCUGUAUGUUAAGGCAGCGCAGAGCCCUUCAGUUCAGGACACUAAAGACGGCGACAACAGGACAACAAAGUAAGCCUUAAGAAUAAAUAUCUCUGUUCAAUAUUUAUGUUUCUGUUCAAGCCCAUCUGUCCAGUGUUACUGACGGUAGUGAACAUUUGAAUAUAUUGUUGAUACAUCAUGUAAGUAGCCUAAGUAUAUUGUUCAUUUCAGAAAGAUGAAUAAAGCAUGAGUUUUUUCAUAA